AUGUCACGUUUACAUAGAGGCAACACCAUUCGAGAUAAUUUAUCUCAUGGUUGUGGCUUAAUAAGUAAGAGUAUGGAACGCAAAAUCGUUCAGGGGGAGGUUGUACUGCAGCCUCUUGAUGUUGAGCAAUGUUUUGCUCUUAUGAAGACUUUGCAGCUGCUUAUAGAUACUGCAGAAGUGGAUGCACAGGAGAAUGACGUUAGUGUGGAAUACUGUCAAAACACCACUAUCGUAUAUUCCCAGCAAAUUAUACAGCAGCUCUCGGAACAGCGAUACAAAGAACGUCUUGAUGGGAUAUCUGUAGCAAACUCUGUUCAGUAUAUCAGGUUUAGGCCUGAUUAUCUCCAGGAGUUGCCAGAGGAGCUCUGGAGCGCAAUCAUAUCAGUGCUGGUGGCACUGGUGGUAGACUACAUCGCAAAAAGCAGAAAUACGGAUCAAGAAUAUCUCAUCAAAUGGGGGAUAUCGGUUCUCAAACGUAUUGGCAAACUGUUCAAGGUCAACGACAUCAUGCUGGAUGCACUCAUCAAACCUGUCACACAAUAUGCUACACUGAAGGAACUCAAGGUUGAUAUAGAUGGUGUAGUGCGAAAGGAUGCUCAUUUGCAAGCGGUACACGAACAGCUUCAAAAAAUGCAACCGGAGUUGGAUCAAGAGUUCCAAAAGAGCGUUGAGGAGGCAAGGAACUACCUGAAUAAUACAGAACAGAUAGGCAAUGUCGGUCAACGUCCUGAUAGAGGACUCCUGAAUACUAUUUCGAAAAAAAUCAAUCGAGUUAUUACCCGUGCGAUGGAGCCUACUGUGUCUGCAAGCCACAGAGAAGCCGAAGAACACGAUGCUGAGGAGUAUACCAUCGACGAUGGUCUUGACGCGGGCGAACCCGUUGAUGCUGCUGAAGAGGAUGUGGAAAUGGAAUAUGAUUUCAACUUGAACGACGAGUUGCUGUUGGAAUCUGUACCAGCUUGUGCAGUGUUACUUCGCAACCUGGUCACCGGAUGUCUCAUGAGCGGGUACAACGAUUCCCGUGUACAAUUGCUAUUCCAGGAUUUUUCAGCUGCACUAGGAAUGAGUACCCAAACGGUUUUAGCGUUGGAAAACUACAUAGCAGCUGAACUGGUGAGCGCCAUACGUUCAACGUCUAAUUCUGGCACUACCAAGAGGGUUACCAGGAACCUGAAGAUAGCCGCCGUCGCUGCUGGUGGAGGUGCUUUAAUCGCUCUCAGUGCCGGUGUGGCUUCACCUGCGGUAGCCGCGGGUAUCGCGGUGCUUGGUAUCGGUGGUGGAGGUAUGUCAGGACUAUUGGCUACUACUGAGGAGGCCGAACUUUUAGCAUCUGUGUUUGGUGUAGGAUCAACAGGCCUUGUUGGAUGGAAGAACAAGAAAGUGAGCUCAAAAACGGAUGUUGAAUUUUGUCAUAUAAACGAACAAUCUGGCAGGUCACUUGCUGUCUGCAUCGGGAUAUGUGGUACGUUGGUGCCCGAGGUAGACGUUUUGUCUUUAUGGGAAGAAGCUGUACGUGCGCCGCUUUGUGACUUCUAUUCCAUGCAAUGGGAAAUACCAUUGCUAAGAUCGUUGGGAAGCAUGGCACAGGUUAUGGAGAAUCAGCAGUUCGCGGAAAGUGCAGCGUUGCUAUGGCAAAAAAUGACCCGGGGAGAAUACCUAGCAUGUGGAAUACAAUGGCCACUGCCCCUGGUACACUUUGCGCAGCCGCUUGAAAUGGCCUGGACAAUAGCUAAACAAAAGGCAAAGCUCUAUGGCGUUACAUUGGCACAGGCUAUAAUGGAUCGUCAGGCGGCGGGUGAGAGGCCUAUCUCGCUUGUAGGUUACAGUAUAGGGGCAAGGGUGAUCGUCUAUGCGCUCCUGAAGCUCAACGAGAAGCAGAAGUUGAAUAUAGUGAAGGAUGUCGUUCUCAUGGGGCUUCCGUCAACAUUAGGAUCUAAGGAGUGGUUGCAAUGUUGCAGCGUCGUGGCUGGGAGGCUGAUAAACGUUUAUUCUCGGCACGACUGGUUAUUGGGGUAUUUGUAUCGUUAUCUCGAUCCUGGUGUUACGGUUGCCGGAUUACGACCUGUCAUAUCGGAGAAAGUCGAAAACUACGACGCCACAGAUUUCAUAAAGACUCACCACAACUACAUGUCAAAAAUAUCGGACAUCCUUACUCUAGUUCAUGUUGACUUGUGA